GUACAAUCGUGCUUUGUUUGACCGGAGCGAAAGUCCUCGGUACGACUCCCACCCUUCUUUUAAAGCGGAGACUUUUCUUUCGGGAAGGAUGGAUGAAACUCUCUUCCUUUAGUUGCCAUUAGCCAACCCCAUUGAAGCUCGGAGUUGUAAUGAUUGCUAGAGAUUGAAGAUGUACAGAGUGAGGCCUUGUGGAUUUGUUCUUCUUGUUACAUUUUCUUGCUUCCUGACGCUUUCAGUUUCUCAUGUUACUGAACCCGCUGAAGUCUCAGCUUUGAGGGCAGUGAAGAGCAGUCUGAUUGAUGGCAUGAAGAAUCUUGAUGAUUGGGAGACGGGUGAUCCUUGCACCUCAAACUGGACUGGAAUUAUUUGCUCUGGUGUUCUUAGAGACGGCGGCCCCUAUUUGCAUAUCAGGGAGAUCCAUCUAUUGAAUAUGAAUCUCUCUGGAAAAUUAGCACCCGAGCUUGGACAGCUGUCUCGUCUUCAAAUUCUAAAUUUUAUGUGGAACGAAUUAACUGAUUGUAUACCCAAGGAGAUAGGAAACCUCAAAUCUUUGAAGCUAUUGCUUCUAAAUGGAAACAAGUUAUCUGGGCCUUUACCCGAUGAGCUUGGCUAUCUCCCAAUGCUAAAUAGAUUUCAGAUAGACCAGAACCAGAUAUCUGGAGUCAUACCAAAGUCCUUUUCGCAUUUGAAAAGUAUGGGACAUAUCCACUUCAACAAUAACUCCCUCAGUGGUCAAAUCCCGCCCGAGUUAUCCAAUUUAACUACUGUUAUUCACUUGCUUUUGGACAAUAAUAACCUUUCAGGAUAUCUUCCACCUGAGUUAUCACAAUUACCCAUGUUGCGAAUUCUGUGGCCUGCUAUUAGUAAUCCGGAUCUUAUCAGAGUCAAUAAACAAGCACAUGCCCCUUUGAACUAGUUCACAUUGAACUACUCCCUCCGUCCGGGAUUAAUCUUCCCAUUUGGACUUUUUCUCAUUUUUAUGAAGUGUUGACUUUGGGAGAGAAAUGUCCAAUUUACCCUUUAAUUCUUUCCUGUUUUACAACCCCAACCCUGCCCUCCCCUCCCCUGAUCUCUGCUAGGGCUAGCACCCACCACCGCCCUCAUCAUCACUGGCUCCAUCGUCGCCGUCAGCUCCGCCACCCAGCCCCCACCACAAUCAGCCCUCAGCCAAGAUCUAUUACAGAUCUACCGUAGAUCUGGGAGAGAGGG